AUGAAAAUUAGUUCUACGGGGCCGUAUCGAGCCAUGCUGCUGUUCCAUCACAUUCGGAUGGCCAAGAAAAUCAGUGCAUUUCACAAAUGGUCGGAAGACCUCGAGCUGCAGGGUCUACUAAAGAUUGGGUACCCGGGCCUGUGCCUGAUUACCGACCGCACCGACACGCCCUCUCAAGUGCCCGAGUUUAUUCGGAGAGUCAAGCGACUUUCGUGGUUUACGUGCGAACUGCGCGAGCACGGCCCGAUUGAUGUACAGGCUGUUGAGGCGCUGUCUCAUGCGUUGGAGACUCACGCCACGCCCACGAGCGUAUCGCGGCGCUCUGGCAUUGUGCAGCUGGAACGGCUCAAAGAAGUGCCGGCGUUUCUGCACGCGGCGGACCAUGCCCUGCCCUCUGCGCGAGAAGCCGUGUGGGCCUCGUUUUAUCAAGCGGCCAUGCGGCCCUGA